AUGGCGAAUCUCCUCGUAAAUAGCCUUACGAAAGAGUUGGAAGCAGCAAUUUUUCUCAUGGAGGGAAAGAACAACAACCGCUUUGAAACCCAUCCCACCCCUCAAACAUUGCGAUGGUACCUACGAGCAAAUUCCCAAAAAUUCUAUGUUUUGGAGCUGAUGGCUGCAUUGAUUCUUCUUGCCUUGGGACUCACUGAAAAACCACCAGCACUAAAAGCUAAUAAUUUGAGUGUUCCAGUCGAGGUUCAUGCAGCCGUGGAGGUUCUCUCUCUGGUGAUUGUCUUUGCUGGACUUGCUGUAAAACUGAAAUGGCAGGGAGCAAAGUUUUUCUUCUCCUAUAAGAGAACGCGUUUCACGGUUUUUAUCUGGUGCGUGGUAUUGAUAGAAGCCAUUGUGGUGCUGGUGAGAAGGGAGAAUCAUUUUCGAGUAACAAGAUCUCUGCGCCCACUCUUUCUUAUUGAAACGCAUUACUGUUCUGGGGUGAGAAGGGUUCUCAGACAGAUUUUACGUUCACUUCCCCCAAUCCUGUACGUGCUCUUUCUGCUGUUUUUUAUCAUGGUAAUCUUUGCUAUGUUAGGGUUCUAUCUGUUUUCUGACAAUGAAAAGGAUGAGUUUUUCAGCAGCUUUGGGAGAAGCUUCAUCAGCCUAUUUGUGUUACUUACAACAGCAAAUUACCCUGAUGUAAUGAUGCCAGCAUAUAACAGAUCACGAUGGUCUGUUAUCUACUUUGCUGUUUACAUUGCAGUUGUUCUUUACUUUCUCAUGAGUCUGCUUUUGGCUGUGGUUUAUGAUGCCUUUACAAACAUUGUAAAGAAUAAGUUUAGUAAACUCUUUCUUCAUAAAAGGGAAGGUAUAAGAAAAGCUUACGAACUUCUCAAAGGUGAAAAUCCUCCACAUGGGAUCCCAUGGGAAACUUUUAAAGGCUUGAUGUCAUAUUACGACCCCAAAAGGACUGAUGUGGAGAAAUAUCUUUGUUUUAAGUCACUAAAUAAAAGUAACACUGGACAACUAAGCCUGGAUGAAUUUUACAAUGUUUUUGAAAACAGUGAGAUGAGGUGGAAGCGGGUAACAGAACAUCACGAUCAGUGGUUUAGCUGUUUUAAGUCACGCAACUGUUUGUACCGCACACUCGAAGGUAUUCACAGGCUCAUAUCAGAGAAAGCUUUUGAGAUCGUCAUCUACGUAAUUAUUUUUACAAAUGGGAUUUCAGUUGUUUUGGAUAUCAUUAAGUUUUCCAACACUCCUCAAACUGAAAGGCAAAAGAAGAUAACAGAGCUCCAUUGGUACCAUAUAGUCUUCAUUUGUAUUUAUGCAACAGAAGCCUUGCUCAAACUCCUUGGUCUUGGUUUAAGGAAAUAUUUCCGGUCUGGCUGGAAUAUAUUCGACUUAUCUGUAACUGUGGCUGGUUUUAUUGGUGCAGUUUCAACAUCCUUCAGUUUUAUCGUCUGUGUGAGACCCUUGAGACUUUUGCUACUUUUUAAAGCGGAAAAAAGAUACCGUGACUUGUUUGAGACAAUAGGUUUCUUGUUACCUCGAAUGGCCAGAGUUGCCGUCGUCAUUCUGUUGAUGUACUACUCGUUUGGAGUCAUUGGAAUAGAAUGCUUCUCUGGACUCGAACUAAAGAAUUGUUGUGUAAACACUUCGUGGGAAAGAACAUACAAGGAGGGUGGCUAUCAUUUGAACAACUUCGAUGAUUUGCUACAUUCAUACGUGACUUUGUUCGAGUUGACAGUGGUAAACAACUGGUUUAUAAUAAUGGAAGGGAUAGUAUACCUGACAUCAGACUGGGCCAGUGUAUUCUUUAUGUUAUUUUACAUUGUCACAAUGGUUGUUAUGACAAUAGUUGUGGCGUUUAUCCUGGAAGCCUUUCGCUUCCGGAUUAAAUAUAGACAAGAACAUCCUGCAGACGAAGAAGAGGAUAUGAAAAUCAGGAUGGAAAUCAUUGUGACCUACGAAGAACUCCUGGCCUUGGGCGAAAGCUAUGUCGAAGAUCUGCAGCCCCAUCAGCCCGUUCAUUACGAAGGAAAACGCCCCAAGACGAAAAUGGAUUUGAGAGUAAGAAUGUACGACGAUGAAGUCAAGCAAUGGAUACAAAAUGAAGAGCCCCUCGAAAUAGGAGAACCUUCAGCGCACGCUCAUAUAACAGAAGACACAAUGGCCAUGUCUCCUACCAACUCUCCUUCAUCAUCAGUCCCCGCGAACACGUCAUCUAAUGGUCUUGUGACUGAUGAAGUAACAAUGGGAGAAGUAAACAUAGCGUUAGACGAAUAAGACGCCACCUUUUGAAAAUGGGAGCGGGAGAAACAGAUACCCUCCAACAAGGUUCAACAGAUUACUCUAUUAUGUAU